CUUCGUCUUAAACCUCUCUCCGUCUUGGGUUUUCUUUGGAUUCCAUACAUUACAAAUACACACAAUAAUAACUUGUUACUAUUAUAUAUUCUCUUGUGAAAAAAAAAACAAAAAAACAAAAUGGGUAACUGCGUAUUCAAAGGAAGUGGUGGUUCAAGAAAAUUGUACGACAAAGAUGAUUCGUUGAUAAAAGUGGUGACUCCAAACGGUGGCGUUAUGGAGCUUCAUCCUCCCGUCUUAGCCGAAUUCAUCACCAACGAAUUUCCCGGCCACGUCAUCCACGACUCCUUAAGCCUUCGCCACUCAUCUCCACCGCUUCUACACGGCGAAGAGCUCUUUCCCGGUAACAUAUACUACCUCCUCCCUCUUUCUUCCCCCGCCUCAACCACUCCACAGUACUCUUCCGAACAACUAUCAACGCCGUACAGAAUGUCUUUCGGGAAAACACCGGUAGCGACGGCUAUGAAUGGCGGGGGAGGAGGUGGUUGUGGAGUGUGGAAGGUGAGGCUUGUGAUAAGUCCAGAGCAGUUGGCGGAGAUUCUUGCGGAGGAUGUGGAAACCGAAGCGUUGGUUGAAAGUGUGAGGACGGUGGCGAAGUGCGGCGGAGGUGGACUUCACUCGAGGGCCAACUCAGACCAGUUAAGCGUUACGAGUAGCUUCAAAGGGCAAUUAAGGUAAAUUUUCCAAUAUGUGUAAUUUUUACGUGAAUUAUGUAAUACUCUGUUUUCACGGUUAAGCUUUUAAAUUAUGUUGAUUUGCGUUGGAGACUUUGAAGUGAUUACAUAAGUUUAUAAACUUAGAAAUAUAUGACAUUUCGACGACA